AUGAGAAUGACAUUGCUGUUGUUGUAUUGUUGUAGCGUUUGCAUGCGGUUGAUAAUUGUGAACGAUUUGGGUAGAAAUUUGGGACGAUACGGAGGAUUAAGGCGUAGACAUGGUAGUAGGGAUAAUGGUGGAAAUAAGGACUGGAAUAGGGAUGAGGAUAGAAAUAGGGAUGAGGAUGGAAAUAGGGAUGAGGAUGGGAAUAGGGAUGAGGAUGGAAAUAGGGAUAAGGAUGGAAAUAGGGAUAAGGAUGGAAAUAGGGAUGAGGAUGGAAAUAGGGAUGAGGAUGGAAAUAGGGAUGAGGAUGGAAAUAAUAAUGGAAAUAGGAAUGGAAAUAGGAAUGGAAAUAAUAAUGAUGGGGACGGGAAAGGUAAAGCUCGCAGUGGUAAGGACGGUAAUAAAAGGAACGGCAACAAUGGUAAGGAUAAUAGUGGAGAUGGCAGCAACAAAUCCAACGAUACGAACGAUAAUCCUAAACCGAAAGAAAACUCCCAUCUGAACCGGGAACUUAACGAAGGAAUUAAAAGCAUAAACAAUCUUUUAAAGGAGCUGCUCACAAAGAAUGGCAAGGAAAAGAAAAAAGACGAGGAAGAGAAUGGCAAGAAAAAUGAGCGGCCCAAGGAGCAGAACGACGAAAAAGAGAAUGGCAAGAAAAAUGAGCAGAACGACGAGGAUAAGAAUGGUAAAACAGUGCCAAAGAUCGUUAUAUCGCACCAAACAAAGAAUGAUGACGGUGACUCAUCUUCCGGUACGCUGCCCAGGAAAUCACCCGAUGGGAACGAUACGGACGGUGCACUACCCGGCACGAACAGUGGGAAUGCUUCCUCCCCCAACAUCUCUCCCAGUUCUAAUACACAAAAUGCCUCUCCCACGGCAAAUCCUUCCCAGCCAAACAACAACGCACAGGACACCCUCAUAGACCUUCUCCUUCCACAGCAAUCCCCACAAUCAUCCCUUAACUCGCUGCAAUCGCUCGAGUCAUUUUCACGGCGCACGUUUAACCAGGCUGCUCAGCAAAAACUGCUUCUAAAGAAUAAGCAGUCAUCAGAACGGCUCGCCACGAUCGAUAGGGUGCAGCAUGCCCUGCAAGACAAGAUAAGCGCCCUCAAAGAGCGCUUAUCAUCUCUACAAGCGCAGCUUGAGAGCGCAAAGCAUGAUCUAAACACGCUUACCCACACGAUAAAAGGUCUUGACGAGAGCGCAUCGAGCAUGUCCAAGCGACAGGAUCGUAACAAUGCGCGUAUACGGCUGUUAAAUAACGAAUUGUCAGCGAUUAACAAACGGUUGGACAGCUUGAAUGCAGAGAUUGCGCUUAAAAAAGAUGAGCACGAAAUUUAUGCGCAUAAUUUGAAGAAUUUGGAGGAGCGCAGGGAAAAGAUGGUGGAUGGGAGAGAGAAAGUUAAUAUGAUGGUUUACGGACUAGAGAGAGACAUUAAUACGAUUAAGGAUAGAAUAUGUGCGAUGGUUGGGAAGAAGGAUGCACUUGAUAAGGAGAAGAGCGUGGAAGAACAGAAGAAGAUCGAGGAGAGUAGGAAUGGGAGUGGUUAUGAGGAGAUUUACGAUGAUGUAUGA